AUGGUUUCCUUCAAGUGCUUGCUUUCAGUAGCCGUCUUUUUCCUAGCCAGCUUUCUUUUCUUCAAUUGUUGCCAUGCUGAUGAAGCCUUAAUCGACAGUGUCUGUAAGGAGUCUCAAGACUACGACUUUUGCACUUCGACUAUCAAGAACCACGCUCGCUCACCUACAGCAGACUUGCAUGGCCUCGCCUUGAUCGCCGCUUCCCAGACUGUCAGUCAAAUUCAAGACACACUCGAUCGAAUCCCCACCAUUCUUAAACAAGUGCAGGACCCUCUUGGCAAACAGCGGCUAGGGGAUUGCCAAACUGAGUACAACACUUCACUGGGGAAGUUCCAGAGCGCAUUUGGUUCGACGUCAAAUAAAGCUUAUUGGGAUGCCUUGACCUUUGUUAAGGAUGGAACCAACACAGUCAUUGAUUGUCAUAAUAGUUAUAGAAGGGAUGGUCCGAUAGCCACAUCCCCGAUAGCCGAGGACGAUGACAAGGUGUUCAAGUUAUCAGAAAUUAUUUUGAUAAUCAUUGAUCGACUCAUUUAA